AUGCACUUCUCCGCCGUCGCCAUCGUAGCCCUGAUCCCCGCCGUCCUCGGCCACGGCCUCAUCCAAUCUCCACCCUCCCGCCCGACCGGCGCAACACUGACCGCAAACUGCGGCUCUGGCGUCGCUUCCCAGAUCAACUCAGACAACACCUCCUACGUCGAAGCUCUCCCGCCCGCCGCCGCCAAAGACAAAAACUACAAGCCAGCGCUCUGCAACCUCUGGCUCUGCAAGGGCCUCCAGUUCGCCGACAACGCCGCCAACGUUCAGAAGUGGACUGCCGGCCAGGAGGUCCCGAUCAAGGUGUGGCUUCGCAUUCCGCACGAGGGCAGCGCGAACGUGAGCAUCGUUGACACGAAGACAAACACGAUCGUCGGGGAUAUGUUGAAGGUGUGGAGUAAGGGUUAUGCGCCUGGCAGGACUGAGAAGGAUGCCCCGCUCGACCAGAAGGAGUUCAGUAUUAAGGUGCCGACCGGUUUGGAGGAGAAGUGCGCGAAUGCUGGUGAUUGUGUCCUUCAAUGGUGGUGGUUUGGAACUGGCGCAAAGCAGACGUAUGAAUCGUGCGUCGACUUCCAGGUCGUAAAGCCUGCUGUCAAGGAACGUGCCUUCAAUGCAUGA